CAGGUCAGAAGCUCUCUACGAGGUGUCAGGGACUGCAGCAUGGCUGAGAAGCUGUCUAAAGAAGAGGUGGCAGAGUUGCACCAGGCCUUCUCCAGGUUUGACAAGAAUGGGGAUGGCAAAAUCAAUACCGAAGAGCUGGGCGAAGUGAUGAAGGCGGUGGGCCAGAACCUGUCUGAGGCCGAGCUGAAGGAGCUUAUUGCCCGGCUGGACACCGACGGUGAUGGUACCAUCAGCUUCCAAGAGUUCCUGACAGCGGUGGCCAAGAAGAUGAAGGGCGGGGCCACUGAAGAAGAGCUACGUUCUGUCUUCCGGGCCUUUGAUCUGAAUGGCGAUGGUCACAUCAGUGUGGAUGAGCUGAAGCAGGCCAUGGCCCAGCUGGGGGAGCAGCUUUCGCAGGAGGAGCUGGAUACCAUGAUCAGCCAGGCCGACUUAGACAAGGAUGGCAAGGUGAACUACGAGGAGUUCAUGGCCAUCCUCUCUCAGAAGUGAGACUUGCAGGCCUCCAGCCCCACCCUGUCUGUCUGUUGGACACCUGCCCACCAGACUGAGCACCUUCUGGGGGGGGCAGGGUCUCUGCUUUAGGGAUGGGGCUAUCAAGGAUAAGUCUGGGUUGGUGGAUGGGA